CGAGCAUCAGUUCUGAAGUUUUACUACGCCAUGUCGACUUCCCAGUCGCUCGACGUUGAAAAAGAUGCAGGCACAGACUAUGCCCACUUAACCAAUGAGUCUGUCCGCAGCUUUAGUUGGGAAGGCAUCACAGUCACAGUGAAAGACCGGUACACCAAGCAACCCCUGGAGAUUCUCUCCGGAGUCAAUGGCAUCGUCAAAGCUGGCGAGAUGCUCGCUCUUAUGGGUCCAAGUGGGUCGGGAAAGACCACUCUUCUUAAUGUGCUGGCCCAUCGCAAAGCAUCAGGUGCUUCCGUACAAGAGUCGCUCCACCUGAAUGGCGCCGUCACCGACCUCAAGACCUUCCGAAAACUGUCCAGUUUCGUCGAACAAGAAGACGCCCUCGUCGGUUCACUCACUGUCCGAGAGACCCUUUACUUCGCCGCCAGACUCGCGCUUCCCAGCUCCGUCUCAAAGUCGGAACGGAUUGCACGAAUCGAAGCCCUUCUUGCUGCAUUUGGCUUGCAGAAACAAGCAGAGACGCUCAUUGGAACCCCGAUUCGCAAGGGCGUGUCCGGCGGACAGAAGAGGAGGGUCAGUGUCGCCAGCCAGUUGAUUACUAGCCCGAAGAUUUUGUUCUUAGACGAGCCCACGAGUGGUUUGGAUUCUUCGGCGAGCUUCGAAGUCAUGAACUUUGUGAGAAAUAUCGCAAAGCAGUACAAGAUCCUCGCCAUUGCCUCCAUCCACCAGCCUUCAACGAGCACGUUCGAUCUCUUCGACAAGUUGCUGCUCCUCUCUCGGGGCAAGACUGUCUACAAUGGUGCGGUGAGGGGUGUCCGAGACUACUUUGCGAGUCUGGGGCAUAGCAUGCCUCUCUACAUGAACCCCGCGGAAUACAUCCUUCAACUCGUCAACACCGACUUUUCAAGAGACCAGGAGGAAUCCGAUGAUAAGCUCGCGCAUCUCCACUCAUCCUGGCAACGAUCUACUAAAGCUGCGGCCGCAACCUCCGAAAUCCGGAGCUGUGUUUCGGACCUCUCGGCUUGUGCAGUUCUCUCGGACCUUACCCAUGAUUCGGCCAACAAGUUUCUUAUUCCCCUCACCCUCAUCCACCGCUCCUUCAUCAAAUCGUACCGCGAUAUUGUGGCUUACGGUAUCCGCAUCGCAAUGUACAUGGGUCUUGCGAUCAUGAUGGGAACAGUCUGGCUCCGUUUGGAUCCCGUCCAAUCCAACAUCAACGCCUUUACCAAUGCCAUCUUUUUCGGCGGUGCGUUCAUGUCCUUCAUGGCCGUGGCGUACAUUCCGGCGUACCUGGAAGACUUGCAUCUCUAUACUAAGGAGAGACUCAACGGACUCUACGGCCCCACGGCGUUUAUGAUUGCCAACUUUAUCAUCGGCAUACCAUAUCUCUUCAUCAUCGCAUUCCUGUUUUCGGUAGUCUCAUACUGGCUGGGCAACUUCCGAGACAGCGCAGAAGGCUUCUGGGUCUGGGUAAUGUGGCUUUUCUUGGAUCUUGUCGCUGCCGAGUCCUUGGUCGUCCUGCUAUCUUCCCUCAUCCCAAUCUUCGUCGUCGCAUUAGCCGCUACGGCGUUUGCGAAUGGGCUCUGGAUGAGUGUCAACGGCUUCAUGGUGCAACCCGGCACGCUCAACGUCUUCUGGCGGUACGUGUUCCAUUACAUCGACUACCAAGCAUACGUCUUCCAUGGCAUGAUGGUCAACGAGUUUGGAAAGAGGUCGUACGCGUGCGAGACGCUGCCGGAUGGUAGCUGCUAUUGCAUGUAUCCGAGUGCGCUGCAGGACCAGUGCAUGAUUGACGGCAAGGCGGUGCUUUCGAGCUAUGGCUACAACACUGGCAAUGUAGGCAAGUAUGUGGGCUACAUGCUAGCGAUUACGCUUGGAUAUCGGCUUUUUGGUUGGUUGGUGCUGUACUUGAGGAAGCAUUGAGCUGUGCGGCUCGGGAUGUGGGGGACAUGGUUAGAGGGGCUUGGAUUAGGCAUACCCGGCUCGCUGUACUUGCUCGACGAUAGAAUAUACGCCCGAUAGACACUUCCG